UUCAGACAGACUGUGGUCAGGGUUGUGACAUCGACUGCGUCUUAAUGAGGUGUACAGUCAUCGAUAGUGGGUUAAAUGCUGAGUCCGUGCGGCGUGUGGAAGUCUCUGUUCGUGGUGCUGCUGGAGCUGAGGGCGCUGACCUUGGUGCUGAAGAGUGGAUUUAUGACACAGCUGCACCAUUUCCGUUUCAGACCAUAUAUGGUCACACCAAUUAGUUAUAUUCUUCUAAUUAACCCGUCCAGCCUGUUGAGGCACAUGUGGUCACUAACACUGCGCAAUCUAAAAGCAGCGGCAUGUUGAGUCUUCCUAAUUGCUACAACUCUGAUAUGAUUAUUAUUUAAUUGUAUUUAUGUCAGUUAUUCUUUAAAAAUAAUGUCAGUCCAAACCCAAACCAGAUCAAAAACAUUAAUUUUUUGUUGUUGUGAUAAAUGUCAACAGGUGUUGGCUCCGGACUCCAGUGGCACUCUGCGUGACGAACUGUGUGAAGUGAAUAUUGAUUGUGUGGCUGUAGAAAUGUGAUCCUGGGAAGCCUGCGCCUCCAGCGCGCACGUCACCCCUCCUGACAUCAGCACACGGCUUAAAUACCCGCAGCACCGUGCAGUGUAAACAGGAGCAGGCACACCUUCAUGCGGGCGCAUCUGGAAGCAAACACAGCCUGAAACCGAACAAAACAAUCGCUUGAGUGUAGAAACCGUCUGUACUGCGGUGCACAGGAUACUUCAGGAUGUGAUUCUGCGGUUAAUAGACGUCUUUUGAUUCGCGCUCUUUGUGUCUCCGGAGCAAGUUUUCUAAACAUCACAGAAAGUUCUUGCAAUUUGACCCUCGCGCGUUGUUGGCGUCAAUAAUGAUCAACGACACUUUUGUGUUUGUAGAACUGGACACGAAUGUUUCUGAGCCGUUGCCGCCUCAAAACCUCAGUGCGUUCCCUGAGCUGCGGCUGGAGUCCAAGUCUCUGGUCACUUCAGCCACCAUGUUCGCUGUGGGUGUCCUGGGGAACCUCAUCGCCAUAGUUGUGUUGUGUAUUUCCAAGAAGGAGCAGAAGGAAACCACCUUCUACACUCUGGUGUGCGGGAUGGCCAUCACGGAUCUGUUGGGGACGUGCUUCACCAGCCCGGUGGUGAUCGCCACAUAUGUGGCCGGCCACUGGCCGGGAGGAACGCUGCUCUGCCACUUCUUCUCCUUCUCCAUGCUGUUCUUCGGCUCAGCCGGGAUGUCCAUCCUGUGCGCCAUGGCUGUGGAACGAUACCUGGCCAUAAACCACGCUUACUUCUACUCCCAGCAUAUAGACCGGACAAUGGCUCGCUUUGCGCUCCUGGUCACCUACCUGGCCAACAUUGUGCUCUGCAUUAUGCCCAGUUUUGGUUUCGGACAGCACGUCAGUCACUUUCCCGGCACCUGGUGCUUCCUGGACUGGAGGGCGAUGGAUCCACUCGGAGCCUGUUACUCCUUCCUGUACGGCGGCGUGAUGCUGGUGCUGAUCGCGGUCACAGUUUUCUGUAAUCUGGCGGUGUGCAAGUCGCUGGUGGGGAUGAACCAGAGGACUGGAAUAGUCCGGACGGAGCUGUGCGAGCAGGGAGGAUCGCGUCGCCGCUUCCCGCGGCUGCCGUCAGUCGCCUCAGCAGCAGAGAUCCAAAUGUUUUGGCUUCUGAUCUUCAUGACCAUCGUGUUCCUGGUCUGCUCCAUCCCUUUGGUGGUGCGGCUCUUUGUGAACCAGCUCUACGACCCUGCCCAUAUUUCUGCUGGGGGGAAGCCUGACUACCGGAGCGACCUGCUGGCGAUCCGCUUCGCCUCAUUCAACCCCAUUUUAGACCCCUGGGUUUACAUCUUGUGCCGGAAGAACCUGCUGCUAAAGGGCUGCGAGAAGCUGAAGAGGACGGUGGCUCGGGUGAGCGGCAGUCGUGGUGACACCGUCGGCUGGGUGGAAGGUCAACACUCCCCCCCGUCUAUAAACAGCAAUGACACCAGCUACGCGUCAUUACGCACAGCCAGCUACAGGAACGACGUGGAAACCCGGGUGUCCAUCAAGAAUAAAUCCUUUACAGACUUUGCAAUGAGGCAGGCGUGGGAGUACGACACCGCCCGGGUCAACUUUCACCCGUUCAGCGUGGAGUCGACCGUGAUCCUCGGCUGUGAAGGGGAGGCAGCGGCCGGCUCCAGACAGCAGGGGGCGGCCAAGUCCUCUCCAGGACUCCGCGCCACGCCGCGGAUCUCCGAGCGCAGCAGACGGGUGGACAUUGUUACCUGCACGUUCAGCACACCGAGUUCAUGUCAGUCAGCUGAUUGUCUCUGAUGGACGUUCGCUAUCUGCAGACAACAGCUACGUUUUAGUUUAGUUUCCACAGCUGAAACACUUGAAAAAGCACUUUGCGACUCACUGUGACUGAUAUGAUCAGAACAUUAGUACUGGCGCACACAUCUCUCAUUAUGAUUUAACCUGCUGCAGAAGGACCGAAACAAUUAGUUUAGGUCUUUAUUUUAAGGUUAAUUUAAGUGUUCUUCUUGAGUCCGCUUCAGUUGAUGGUGCGAUAUGAAGCGUCCAGUUUUACAUUUCCACUUAAGUCUCCAUUCAGGUGAAGGCGAACCUACUGCAGCUUUAACUGUGUGUGAAGUUAACAUGGUGGAUGUUGAGGUUUGGGGGUCACCAAAACAAAAUCAUCUGAGCUUCUUUUUUUUGUUUAACUCUCUGCCUGCAAAUUUAAUUUGACCGGUGACCCCAUUCUGUUGGGGGCUGAAACUGCCUGAGUCAGAGAUAGAUACAGAAACUAAUGAUUAAUGGACAAAAAGGGCCAGCAAGUAAAUAAAUAGCUGAUAAUUACAAGUAUCACUUUUAACAGAGGCAGAUUAAAGGAUAAUUGAUAACUGAUAAUGGCUUCUUUAUUGUUAAUUUCUAAUUUGGACAAUUUCAGUCCUCCAUCCCAGUUGUACAGUUAUCUGAUGUGCUUUAUAUCACUGAGGUUUGGGGUCACCAAACCAAAAGCAGCUGGACAUUUGUUUUGUUCCUCGGUCAGCCUGCAAAUUUCAUUCGAUCAAUGGCUGCAUGCUGGAGGACUGAAAGUGGCAAAAUGAGAAAUAAAUAAAUGAACCAAUGAAUGAAUAAAUAAAUAAAAUGAAAAAUUAUAGUGUUGGUAAAGCCAACACUUGAAUCAGUACAAAGGUGAAUAAAUAAGUUAACGAUAAUAAAGCAGAAAUAUCUAUGUCACAUUUUAUCAGUUAAUUAAUGCCUACAUUUAUUUUCAUUUCAUGUAUGUAUUUCUGAUUUUGGCAGUUUCAGUCCUCCAUUCCAGCCGUAGUUUAACCUGACUGCUCUUAUAAUAAGACCUCUGCUGGAGGCACACAGACAGGACAUCAGAUGAAGUGUGUGAUGAUGAUUUCUGUAUUUGGAAAUCUUAAAGAAACACAGUCAUACCCCAUGGGUACAAAUAAAAGGUCUGACAUUCUCAGAGUUUUAUACACCGUGUGAAUUCAUACGUGCCAUUCACAAUACAGACAUGUUUCUAAAUGAUGUGUUGUUGUUCCACUGUUGCUGCGUUUUUGUUUUAAAUCCACAUGCUGCUACUUUACUCUGUGCCAUUCCACACGCGUGAUGCAGGGAAUACUGAAUGUAGACCUUUUGAACCUCAUCGAUCAUAAUUUUGUAUUUUGCACAUUUUCACGUGUUUUGAUAACUGUUGUUGUAAACAGCCAGUGUGAACAUAUCAUCUUUGAAAACAAGAAGGAAAAUACUGUUGCUGUAAACUGCUCGACCCGUGGUGUUUGCUGGAUGUGAUGGUUGGUGUGUGAAGAGAAAUAAAAACGACACCAAAGAGGCACACU